UCAAUGGUGAUGCACCAUAGAAUACCUAACACGCAAAAGGCGUGUAUCUGAAUGUGAGAUAGCAGUGAUCAUGUCUUUCCAAAUAAAAACCGAGGUGAAUGCAAAUGUGAAGUCAUCUCAUUUUAAAAUUUUGUAAAAAUGGAAAUGCUAAACCAACGUGAUUGUGAUGAUGAUAUUCACAAGAUCGCUUUACAAUUUUAUUAUAAUCCAUCAAUAGUAUCUCCUGAAUACAACAGUACGUCAACUUUAUUACUUCAAAACAUUAAACUAUACAAUCCAUCCGAUAUAAUGGAGUGUGGAAUCAUCACAGGCCUAUCAUUCUUCAUCGACAAAAAUUUCAAAGUAUCAUGCUCCUGUGAAGAACUGAACAAUGCCCAGUUGGAACCUGGUAUUCCUGUAAACUGGAGAAGUUCUAUUUGUACUAUGGAUCAAUGUGGUGAUAAGUUUCAAAUUGCGCGAUUCUACAUCAAACUGUGUGAUCAACAAUUCGAAUUAUCGUUUAUGUUCACCAGUUAUGAUGAAACUGUUAUAGGAAAGCUCGUUCAUUCUGUUAAAGAAGCUGCUUACGUCGUGGCAUUUCCAAAAGAGCGAUUAAAUGGAUUGAUUGACCCAGCAGCAUUCACAUUGCCUUUUGCAAAUAGUGUGGUGGAUUUGUUAUCAUCCGCUUUUCUCCAGAAAGUAAUACAAAAAGCUGCGCUGAAUCACUCGCCAUCCUGCUCGCCAUCGCCAUCCUACCUACCUUCGCUCGUUUAGUAAUGAGAAGUUAAUGCGGUGUUGUAUGUAGUUUUGUUUAUGUUCAGAAUUAUGUUCUAUCAUUAAAUUAGUAUUUAAGUUUAAUAUUAAGGUCUACUGUGCUUCUGUGUGUAUCAUGGUUUGUUUCAAAAACCAAUUUGUUGAAUAAUGUGAAACACGUUAGUUUUGUUAUUUUUAAUUUUUAAUAAUUGAUUCCAUCUUAUUGCUGUGAAAAGUGUUCAAUUCGAAUCAAAUAUAUCGUUUACUUACUCUGUUUA